CAUGUAUUUUCCUAACCUUCCUGGGUAAAAAAUAGCUUGUUGUUCUUUCUACCAAUUGUAAAUACAUCGGUCGAACCAGAUAAAUAACCAGUGAAGGUAGCUAUUGCAACUUGAACAUCACUAUGGAGACGAUACUUUCUGCGAGCAAUGAUGAUAGCAGCUACAAAAUCAACGACAACGGGCAAUUGCAGUGCCAAGACAUACUGGAUUUAAACGAACAUACAGUGCAAGAUAACUCUGUCAACAAUGUGAACAAUUACGCUGUUCUACCUGCAGUUAAUUUGUGUCCGAUUACAUGGGGGAUUGCAAAUUUGGAGAUAGUUGAAACUGUACCGAGUGGAUUUUUUGAGUCUGCUACUACAUUAAAGGUUGGCCCUGUGGUCGCUAACUCCGCUCCAAUAUCGACUACCAGAAUCAAGAAAAAACCACGUCCAUAUUCUCCCUCCAAAAUCAACCUUACAAGCAAGAAAUCUUCUAAUGACCGGUGCAAGCAAAAGUCCAAAGUAAUAAAAGCUCAGAAAAUCUAUUCCUCUAAUGAUACUUAUAUUGACAAAAGAAGUGGCCUCCCAUUCUCUUGCGACAAAUGUAAAUCACCACAUAUCGUAGACCCAACACGAUGCAGCCCUGGCAACCGUAAGCGUCCCCCAAUGCCAAGAAAGCAUGUUGACCCAAUCAAUGGUCAAAUUCUGCUAUUGUGCAACGCGUGUGGUAUUGCUGCUAAAACAAAUAGAAAAGAUCGACUAGUAAAAGCAACUCAGGAAUCGGGAUUGUUACAAGAGCUCAAAAAUCAGUAUAUCACAGAGUCAAUGAAAUCAGCACAAAAGAUUGCUCAAGAGUGUAAUCAACCAGAACUAGCAGCACUUUACUGUCCAUCAUUCAGCUCAAAGGGCUGCGGUUGUAUAGAGAAGUAUUUAUCUUCCGACAGUGAAUCAUCUAGCCAUGAGAGGCAGUUAAAAGCGUUAAAUCUUCUGAACUAUCAUCGAAAAGCUGGAGAGCUGAACAGCAAACAAAAUUUCCAAAAUUCAGGCAAAGAAGAUUACACGUUGCACUCGGAAAACGAGCUUCACGUGGAUGAGUGUGAGGAUAAUCUCAUUGAAGACUUUGCUAAGCCUCACUACAAAUGUAAGAGUCGGAAUUUCGAAAAAUUUGUCCUUACCACAAGAUUAAAGCUGAGAACUGAGUACGCACUUUGUGAAAAAGCUACAAAAAAAAUUCUAAUGUAUUCCAAUAAUUUUUUACAUAAGGCAUCUAAAACUUCACCCCAUAGGGGCUCAAGGAUAGAUAAGACAAUAAAAAGAAUGUCUCGCCAAAAGCCGAUUUCAGACAUGCAUAAAGAACACUGCUGUGGUAGCAGGUGUACGAGAAUAGCAUCAAGCCACGCAACUCUCUUGCAAGAUUGGCGAAAGCGAGCAUCAAUAAGCCAAAAGGAAGCUCGAAGAGUAAUAGCGGAGAUGUUAACUCCAACAGGCGGCUCAAAAGCAAAUUGCUACCGUUUCAUCAAAAUGGUUACUGGAUGCUGCGUCGCAACAAUUUUUUUGGUGAACAACCACAUGAAAAAGACUAAAGGAAAUCGGGAACCUCCAGAGCAUGGCUUGAAAAAGUAUUUUCGCCAUAACUCGAAAUCUCACAAGAAGUCUAGUGUUGAUUCUAACACAGAAAUUAUACCGCUGGCAACAGAGAUCGCUUUAAUUCCUUCCGACGAAGAACUUCUCUCAAUGGGAAUUGAAGCAGCUUCUAACCUGCUGCAAGAAAAGAAACAACAAUUGGAAUAUUUGCAAAAUAAGUUGCUUCAGGCUGAGACAAGGGUAAAGGCGGUCGCAGAAGCUACUGUGCCUGCCGAAACUUUGGUCAGUGAUUAUCAACAAGACGUACAGAAUAACUUAUUUGUGCUUGGUCCUGAUGGUGUGAUACGUCCAUGGAAAGGUGAUCCUUCAUAUGUACAAAUUGCAACAGAAGAAAACACUUGAGCUAUUUCAAUAAAACACGUAUAAAUUAGGUUCUUACUACAUAAAAUUA